UUUUCAUAUUAUUAAACAGUUUUUUGUUAUUGUAUUAGAAUUUAUUCAACUAUUUUGUUAAUUUUUAGUAUUAAAAUAUUUAUAGUAAGAUAAAGACCAAUUUGUAAAUCAGUUGAAAUAUUCAUUCUGAAAUUAAUAUCGUAGUUAAUUUCUUGCUAAUUUAGAAAAUGUUAUGAUUCGUACAAAACUUCAAACCAAACUUAAAACUUACGUUUGUAUCAAAAGUAAUAGCAAAUGAAUGUUUUUUACAAUUGUGAUUACAUAAGAUAUUCUCGCGUGACGGUUAUAUCUAAAAAUGCACUAUAAUCGUACAUUCUAUAACCAAACAUAAGUUGUAAACAGAAUAUUUUGCGCACAAGAAAGGUUUUAUAUUAAAUCAAACAAUAUUUUUAAUAAUUUAAACGAUAUAAAUUUACGUUGUAAAUGUAAUGAUAUUUAGAAUGCUAUAAUGUGAAUUAAAAAAAAAUAAUUCCCGAAUGCUUUUAAUGUAUUCGAAGAAACUUGUUUACAGAAUCAUAAUUACAUAAUGGUAUUACACGAAGUAGUCAGAGACGUGCAAAGUUGGCUCAUGGGUUUUUUUAUCUCUUAUUCCCACUAUAUCAGAAUAUUCCAAUUAUACUUAUUAUUAUCACAUUAUCAUACCACGAUAUUACUGUGUAUCAUUACGAAUAAAAGAUUUGUAUGUAUAUAGCUCAUUGAAUUAUACACCUGAACGAUGAAAAAAUUGUCUAGUGAUAUAUUUAAUGAAAUACGAAACAAUAUUACCAUUACGAAAAGAGAAUAUGAUUAUACUGGGUCAAAAGUUACUCUUGAUUAUAACGAAAAUGAAUCUUUUGUUGAUAUAUCAAAUUAAAUGUCAGCAUAGAGCAAUUACAGAGAAGCGUUAUAUCCUAAGUUAACUUUUGAACUUUUGAAUAAAUCUGUCGUCAAUGUAUGAAUGAUGUACAGGAGACAAGGCAUAAUUCCAUUUUAAUUAUUAAAUUUAACAAGUAAUAAAUUAUGUGCUUAAAACAUUCUUAAGAUGACGAUACUAAGGAUUAUAAUUUAUUAUCUAAAGUUGCGAUCAUGAGAAAAAAAUACUCUCUUCUUGUUAAUGAUUAUUUUAUAGUUUUAUAAAUAUCAUAAGACAUUUUUUACAAAUGUAUAUAAUUAAUUUAAUGAAGUGGACCAUUGAUAGCUACAUUUCUGCAUUAUCGACUUUGUAACGCCUUCAAUUCAGUAUUUUGUAAUAUUCUUGCACAUUUAUAUUUUACUUCUUGCUUUACUCACUUUUAAGUGUAAGGUAAAACCUGUAGAGGAUUCUUAUGUGCAAGUAUAAACUUGUCACUGUGCAGUGUAUAUAUAUAGAGAUACACAAAACUAAUACUAUCUUGUGAAAAACAAUAAUAUUUUUUCUUUAUAUAUUUAUAGUAGCGUAAUUUUGUUGUGUUCUUUCAACUGCAAUGGAAUUGAUUAAAACCGGUAGAAUUUUAUGCUAUAACUUAAUAGUAUAGAAUUCUACCUGCUAUAAUUUAUAUAGUAGUCGCGAUCGAUUGAUUUCGUAUCAAUAAAAAGAUUGAUUUCGCAUUAAUAAAAAGUACGUUUUCUUUUCAUCUACUUCAUGUUAUUCUUGCUUCAAAUAUUCUAUUGUAUAGAGAAAAGUACUAUUAUAUGAGAAUUUUGUUAUGUCAAAGGUGCACAUAUUUUCAUAGGCAUACGAACAAAUAGAUGAUUGUUUUUCCUUCUGGAAAAGUAUGAUUUUUACUUCAAUAUUUUAAUAACAAUUAUACUAAAUUUCUACUUUGUUGUGACUUCUAAUUCCUAUAAUUUAUAUAAAUAUUUAAAUAUUUUUUAGCAGUAUUUUCCUGAUUCAUUGUCAUAUUUCAAAUAUAUGAAUGUUCUCAACUGAUAAUCAUAUUUUUUUAUAAGAUAGAAUAACGUUUAUGAAAAGAGUAUCUUUCCUUAUCGAUGUAAAAUCCAAUGAUACGUUAUUAACCUAACAUUAUGUGAACAAACUUGAAUCCAGUGCAUUUGAUUAUAACUUAUAUUGUAUAAUUUAUUUUUCGAGAAAAAUAUACAUUUCAACAAUAUGGCAACUUUAGAUGUAAAAAAAUUGAAAAUUACAGAAAGACCAUUACAUGUACCAAGUCUUCAUGAAAUAAAAAAUGUUUUAGAAGAAGGAUUAUCUACAAAUUUUGCAGAAGUCAAAGUAGAAGUUGUAGAUUGUCCAGAUUUAACACAGAAACCAUUUUUACUUUCUGCUUCAGGAUUAAGUGGCAACCCUACGAUUCUUGAAUUCGGAGGUCCAUCUUAUCUAUUGCCUCUUGUUCAAAGAGAUAAGAUAUAUGACAUUCGUCAGUUUCUAGAACACUUAAACUAUUCUGAUAAGGCUUUUGUUAUUGGUGCAGGUGCUGGACCAUGGCCAUAUUUAAAUUGCAACUGUGAAUUAAUGAUGAAUUUAGUAAUUUCAUCAUCUGAAAUAAAGAAUGAAACACGUAUUGCUUCAGUUGAUAAGUCGAGUGAAAAAUGUACACUUGAAAUAUUAAAUGGCAAUGAAACACGACUUGCAUUGUUAGCAAAUCUGUUUGUAAGUCAAGGUGAAACAGGAUCCGUUUUAAAAGUGCAUGUUAAAAAGCGCAUUGGAGAGGAUGAUUUUGUAGCCUCUAUGCAAAAAGCACUUGCACACCAUUACGAAAAUAAACUUGUUGGCAUUGGUGGAACAUUUUUAAUUAACAAAGGAAAAGUAAAACAGCAUGUAAUGCAAGAUUUUUCUACUAAAUCAUUAAAUAAUGUACAGCAACUAAAUGAUUGGUUACGUUUUUAUAAUAUGUCAACUCCUCUUGUUGCUGUUGGAACAUUUGUGAGUUCAGAAACAGAUUUAGAUCUGAGAGUACAACAUUUUCACAGUUUCUCACACCAUGGUGAAGGAGGACAUUAUCAUAUUGAUACUACUCCUGAGACUAUAGAAUAUUUGGGAUAUUUUAAUUUAGGAAACAAUUUAUACCGUAUCGAUCAACCAGAUAAAAGUUUAAAAUUUGGAAAGGACUAACUUAUUAUAUGCAUAUAAACUAUUGGUUUGCUCAAUAAGAGUAAUAUCAAAAUAUUUAAUAUAAAAUACUACUGCUUUUUAUUUAGAUAUAAAAUACGAAAAUACGGAAAAUUUUGAUAUUACUUAUUAAUUAAUCCAACAUUUACAUAGUUUUAUUAUACAUAUAUAUAUACAUACUCACACACGCGCACAGAGAGACACCCACACACAUGUAUAUAUAUAUAUGUAUGUUUGUAUGAGAACUGUACAGGUGAUAUAACUAUACUUAUUGA